GGGUCGUCGUCUUAUCUCGUCACGCUCGCUUUCGGGUCGUCUCGCUGCUGCUCCUGGCUGCACACAAGGCUUCAGUAUUAGAAGAGAAUCUUCAGCCUGAGUGAGACGCACUCCAGUCUGAAAGAGACACCCUCCAAUCUGAAUUAAAUACCCUCAUAAUUGAACAAGACAGACUCCGAGCUGAGCUGGAGAGUAAGAGUAUCGGGACUGACCAACCUGAUCAACCACAAGAGGCACCAGAAUCUAUGUCAGUUGCCCCUGUAAGAGGAUGGAAAACAAAACGAAUCUUGACUCAGUUAGAACAGAAUGAAGAGGAGGAAAGACGUCCAGAGGAGCAGCUCCAAGUUCUAGGGGAACCACCCCUGAGUCCAGGGGAGGGGUCCUCAAUAAGAUCAUGGUCACCAACGCCCAGGAGAGUAACAAGGAGUCCUGAAAGUGCAGGAGGUGAGCGAGACAUCAUUACCAUUACUUAUAGAUCUUUGAAAAUGAACGAAAUUCGUGGUCUGAGAAAAGACUUCACACACCACCCAAAGGAGCCUAUCGUCACCUGGUUACUUCGAUGUUGGGACAGUGGGGCUGACAGUGUGCUGCUAGAUAGUAGAGAGGCUCAUCAGCUCGGUGGCAUUGCUAGGGACUCAGCCAUUGACAGAGGUAUUAGCACAUGCCGGAACCAGGCCUUCACCCUCUGGAAGUGGAUGCUGUUGGCUGUGAAAGAAAGAUACCCCUUCAAAGAUGACCUGAUGCCUGAGAAAAGGAAAUGGAAUGAUAUGGAAAAAGGCUUCUGUUAUUUGAGAGAACACGCCGUGGUGGAAAUGUUACAUAGCCCCACUGUCAUUCCUGAUGAGCCUGACCAAGAGCAUGAUCAUGAGAACGUCAGCUGUACACCACAUAUGUGGCGUAUAUUCACAAAGACUGCACCAGAGAGCUAUGCCAGUACAUUUGCAGCAAUGUAUGACAGAGGGGGAGAAAGACCUUUUAUAAAUGAACUGGUUAAUAAACUCCAAGACUUCGAGUUACAUUUAAUCCCUCUACGCCAACCUGAAUCAUUCAACAUCUCAGCUAUUAGACUGGCUAUCAACAGGAGACGUCCUCCUGUUCAAGCAAGUGACAACAGUAAGACUGGAUCGCGUUUUGCCUUGUGGCAUUACCUGUGUGACCAUUGGGAAGAUAUGAAGAAGUGGCAUAAGAAACCCACUUCUGCACUUCAAGCACGGGUAAAAGAAUUAGAAGAUAGAUCAACCACCAACUUCUCCAAAAAGGUGGUUGCUCCAGUUGAUGCGGGACAUGGCAAUAGUCAGGAGGACAACGGAGGUAACAAGUAGAGGGGCCCUGCCCCCAGCCAGGCGGGGGAAAGGGAUAACAGAGUGUAUUAGACUGUGUGGAUUAGAUGGCCUGGCACAUCAGAACCACAGAAAUUUAAGGCACAGUUAGACACUGGUGCACAGUGUACCCUAAUGCCCUCGAGACACCAAGGGACAAAAUCAAUUUAUAUUCACGGGGUGACUGGGGGUUCCCAAGAGUUGACUAUGUUGAAGGCUGAAAUAAGUCUCGCUGGCAAAGACUGGCAAAAACAUCCUAUUGUGACUGGUCCAGGGGCUCCAUGUAUACUUGGUAUUGAUUACCUCAAAAGGGGGCAUUUCAAGAAUCCCAAGGGGAAUCAGUGGGCCUUUGGAAUAGCUGCUGUAGACACAGAAGGUGUUAAACAGUUGAUUGCACUGUCUGGCCUAUCAGAAGAUCUGUCUGUUGUGGGAUUGCUAUGAGUAAAAGAGCAACAGGUACCGAUUGCUAUAAAAAUGGUGCACAGACGGCAGUACCGCACCAACAGGAAUUCCUUGCUCCCUGUUUUGAAGUUGAUUAGUCAACUAGAGAGUUAGGGAGUGAUUAGCAAAACUCACUCAAUUUUUAACAGCUCCAUAUGUCCAGUGCAUAAAGCCAGUGGAGAAUGGAGGCUGACGGUAGACUACCGCGGCCUGAAUGAAGUCACACCCUCACUGAGUGCUGCUGUGCCGGACAUGCU